UUCAAAGCAGGCGGUCGCAUUCUCGCGUGUAAAGUGUGUUGUGUGUCGACCAGUGUAAGCCACGAUUCGAGUUGGUAUCGAGUACUGAGCACGCUUACCAGUGUACUGGGUGCAGUUCGCGGUCGGUGCCUGGAAUCAUUCUCUCUCCCGCUCUCGCUCUUCUCAAGCCGUCGGUGCGUCUCUAUCUCGAGUCUCCAGCCAGCGGGUGUCUGUGUGUGUGCGAGUGGUCGUAACUCUUCGACGUGCCCCGUAAAUAAAUUAUUAAGAGCUCGCUCCGCAGCGUGCCUAUAUUUUACAGUUCGAGAGGAGCUCCCUGUGAGGAAAACAGCCGCAAGAUUUCGAAAACAACGAAAAUGGUCUUUGACUGCGGAGUCUGGUGUGCAAAGUAUUUGCUUUGCAUAUUCAAUUUUAUAUUUUUCGUGCUAGGCACAAUUAUAUUCGGAGUCGGACUAUGGCUGGCCGUGGACAAGCACUCGCUGAUUGCUCUCCUCAAGCUGGUCGAGAGCGAGCGCAUUGAGCAAUUUACACAGCCGCAGGUCAUAGAGCAACUGGCCUAUGUUCUCCUCGUCAUCGGAGCCGUGAUGUUCUUCAUGAGCUUCUUGGGCUAUCUGGGGGCCAUGCGAGAGUCUCGCUGUCUGCUGUCGACGUAUGGAACCUUUUUGAUCCUGCUGCUGGUGGCCGAGAUUGUGGCCGGCGGACUGGCCGCUUUUUACAAGGACAAGGUGCGGGCCGAGAGCAAAAACUUCCUGCAGACCACCAUUACCAGCUAUUCGCUGGGUGAGAAUGUGGAUGCCACUUCGUUGAUGUGGAACCAACUGAUGGGCAACUUUGGCUGCUGCGGCAUCUCCGAUUAUCGUGACUUUGAGGCCUCGCCGGCGUGGGUUAGCGGCAAGGGUAAUCGCACCAUUCCCGAUGCCUGCUGCAUCCUCAAGGAUGUGGCCAAGCUGGUGCCACGGGAUGAGGACUGCACUACCAAUCCCAGCGAUAGCAACAGUUUCUACAAGAAGGGCUGCUACGAGGUCUUCACCGAGUGGCUGAUUGGACAACGGGAGCUGAUCAUCGGCGUCAUUGUGGUGGGCAUUGUCCAUCUGGUCCUCAUUAUCCUGGCCUUUGCCCUGUGCAAGGCCUUUGCCAAAUACAACGACAUGCGCCUGUAAAUCGAAGGAGAUGUUGUUUCGAGAGUUAGCAAAGUAAAUGCGUAGAGCAGUGAAGAGCCAAAACAGCAGGACAGUGACAGUAUAGAGCGACGAUCCCUCCUAGAAUUCCCCCAGAAAAUGAUACAAACAACACCCUACCGAACACCGCGACGUGCUCAACAACAACAUGAACAACAACGGAAACCAAUUACUCUGCAUUUGCCGCAUGGAACGGGUCAGACAGUUACACUUUCACACAGAUAACAGAUUAAUACAAGCUCUACUCUAACGAUAAGCUAAGAUCAUAGCCAGCAUAAUCCAUUUACCGAUAAUAUUCAAGAAUAUCUCUUAAAGAACAAGUGUUGCUCAAAAACGGAGACGGACGUUAAAGGACAGAAGAGUUGAUGAUGAUGAUCGUAGUUGAGGUUUUACGACAAAAAACUUACUUGGAAUAUUUAUUUGUAAAUCUGUUUUGAUAGCAGUUUUAGUUAAUAAGUAGUAAACGGCAAUAUGCGUAAAUAUUGCAACUAUUUUUCUUAGUCUUUUUAACAUAUUUGUUAUGCGAAAGAAGAGAGAAAAAACCACUCAAAAACAUCACAGAAGAAGAAAACAUUUAAAAUAAGAUAACAAAUUUUGAGAUCGACGAAACGACGAACCAUGAAAUCAAUUUUGAAAGAUGACUUUUAACGAGGCAUAAGUUUCGUGUGCCACAUGGAGCAUUACGGAAGCAUAAAUACAAGCACUCAUACCAUACCAUAAAUAUAUACAAGAAAAUAUUGAAAGAAAUGGCAUUGACAUUGUACUAGUAUGUGUAUUAGUUGGUAAGUCUCUAACCUUAAGUUGUAACUUUAGUUGUUUUUGCUAUGGCUAUCCUUCGAGUUUUUAACUACAUAUGCCGGCCAGCACGCACCGUGGCGUGUUCCGGCUCUUUUGUUAAAAAUGAAUGUUGUACAUUUUUGAAUUCUAUAUAUACAUAUAUAACUCUAUUAUUAAUGCAUAUUAUAUA